GGUGCACCUGGAAAUAAAAACAUGAUUUACUCCAGGUAAUUACUUCAUUGCACAAAACAUGUCAACAGCCAAAAAGCCCAUUAAAGUAAUAAAAAGAGACCCAAAGUAUUCAAAUAGCCAGUCCAUGAAGUCUUCAUUUUGUAUAUUAUAGUUGGUAUAGUGAUUUUUUUCUUUCCUUUUCUGUAUUUGAAUGAGAAUGGGGCAUUUUUGUAAGAACACAUCUUUACCCGUAUUUUAAAUCCGUUGUCAUGACGUAACGUGUCCUGACAUCCUGUCUUGUCUUCCCAAAGCCGCCGUAAGUAUCGCAACUUAACUUUUUUGUGUGAUCCUUUAAUUCGAUCAUUCUGAUCUUAUGGACAUGAAGCAGGGAAAGAAUUGUUCCACUGUCCGCGGAUUUUAUGUGCCGAUGAAAUGAACUUAGAGAGUGACUGCAACAUGUCAGUCAGUUGUGGCAAUGGAAAACUUAGGCAGUGGCUGAUCGAUCAGAUUGACAGCGGAAAAUACCCCGGAUUGGUGUGGGAGAAUGACGACAAAACCAUUUUCAGAAUACCUUGGAAGCACGCUGGCAAACAGGACUAUAACCGGGACGAGGAUGCGGCGCUUUUCAAGGCUUGGGCGCUGUUUAAGGGCAAAUUCAGGGAAGGGCUCGAUAAACCGGACCCCCCGACGUGGAAAACUAGACUCCGGUGUGCGCUGAACAAAAGCAAUGACUUCGACGAACUGGUAGAGAGGAGUCAGCUGGAUAUAUCUGACCCAUACAAAGUUUACAGAAUCAUCCCAGAAGGAGCCAAAAGGGGGGCGAAGCAGAUGAGCACAGAGGAGCCCACCAGCCACAUGGAACAGCUGGGAUACCCCAUGCCGGUCCCCUAUGCCAUGCAAACUCAGGUGCCAAAUUAUAUGGUGGCACCCGAGAGACGGGAUUGGAGGAGCUACGUUCCAGAACAGCAUCACCACAGCGAUUUGCCCUAUGGCCACUACCCAUCGCGCACCCUAUCCUGGCAGGCCCCGCCCUGCGACAAUGGCUACCAGAUCACUGGAUCCUUUUAUUCCUGCUCCCCGGUGGAUUCCCAGUCUCCUGCCUUUCCUCUGGAUCCUAGCCGAUCCGCAGAGACCCUGGCAUUCUCUGACCGCCGGCUGCACAUCUGCCUGUACUACCGAAAGACCCUGGUGAAGGAGGUGACCACCGUCAACCCCCAGGGCUGCAGAAUCUCGUCCGGCCCCGAGGACAGGCAGGGCGGCAGUGUCGAGCAGGUGCUCUUCCCCUUUCCGUAUCCCCAGUCGCAGUGCCGGGGCACGGAGCGGCUGUCCGUCACGCUGGAGCGCGGCGUGCUGCUGUGGUUGGCUCCCGACGGCCUGUACGGCAAGCGCCUCUGCCAGAGCGGCAUCUACUGGGAGGGGCCGUCGGCCCCCUUCGCUGACCAGCCCAACAAGCUGGAGAAGGAGCAGACCUGCAAGCUGUUUGACACACAGAGAUUCCUGGCAGAGCUCCAGGGUUACGUCCAUCACAGCCGCCCCAUGCCCAAGUUCCGUGUACUGCUGAGUUUCGGGGACGAAUACCCGGACCCACAGAAGCAGAUGAAGAUGAUCACAGCUCAGGUGGAGCCUGCGUUUGCCAAACAGCUGGUCAGCUUCACACAGCACCCCGAUGUCCAUUACGCCCCCGGGUAUGAACUUCUGCAGCAUGGGGCAGCCACCUCGGAGGAGAGAGUCGCACGCCACUCCGGCAUACAGGAGUGAGGCCCUUGGCCUAGGACCCAUGACAGCCACCCCAACGGACCUACCUGGCAGAUAGACGGCAGGGGCAGCCUAAGAGAAGAUGCAUAAUGAGGCUCUAGUCUUUGCCAUACUUCUCGUCGCUCACGUGGACACCGGGGAGUCAGACGCUCGAGCCAGUCGAACUAAGAAAACUCGGUCUCUUCUCCUGCUGUUUCUCCUCCUGAGUCUCGGGAACAUGCUUGUUCCACAUGAUGGAUUUUUCUUUGGGGGUCUUGGAGCUGCCGGGGGCCUUCGAGACUGUGAGAGUCAUGCUGGUUUCACAAAGUGCGUCUUAAUUAUCUCUUGAUUUAUAGCUGGGAUGCAUCUUGGGGCACCGUCCUAACUGGGCCAGGUCUUCAGCAGGGCAGAGAAACCCACGAGUCUCUGCUUCCCCCUGAAGAGCACGGCCUCAAAUGUUUUCAAAUGGAGUCAUUACAGUUUUUCUUGAUUGCUUUGGCACAUUUCAUGAAACGUACUUAACAUAAGAGCAUUUCUCAAUGCAUACAGCACAACACCAUGGUUUAGUUGCAAAAGUCUGUAACUCACCCAAAACAAUUAAAACAUGUCCCAAACACAAAUAAUUCCACCAAUUAAUUAGUCAGUGUCAAUGCUUAGAUAUAUUGUUAAAAUGUCAGUGUAAGUAAGCUCCAGGAAGCUGAAUGAUAGUCGGUUCCCACUUUCUCAUUGUCGCUGACUGAUCAUUUUUCUUUAGCAAACUGAUACUUAUUCAUGUCAAAGACACUAGUUUCAACACUGCAAGGCUCUACAUUACAGUAUGCGAAGUUCACUGGCGAGAGAAAGCACUCGCAUGCACAUGGAACUUCUUCAGAUCCCAAGACACAGUACAAUAGCAAACAUAAAAGUCACACAGCACUGUAUAACACAAAAACAGCAACAUGGCAAUAGAAGAACAACAAAGGGGCAACAAAAUCAUGUACUGUGGGAACCAAAAACACAUUAAUGUCACUGCAAUUUAUGGAAUAUAUUUUUAAAUCAUUUUGAAAGCUUGGUUGACUGUUUUGCAUGUGGUGACUAACACAAUGAUCACAUACAUAUAGUUUUGGGUGCAAUUCUAUUAAAGUGGGAAACUACAUAAUCUAUUUUGACCAACAAGACUAAAGCGACUGACAAUUGUGUCAAAUGAUGACAAUUAAUACGUAUUAAAACAUUUGGAAAUUUGUGUGAAUCAAUGAGAAAUGAUGUCCUGCUGUCUGUAAGUGACAUUAUGGUGUAGGGAUUACACUUGUUGCUUCGCAAAUGUUAAUUGUCAAUUUGAGAAAUGCUCCAAAGCAAUUGAGAAAAACUGCAAUACCAGGUUUGGAUCUGGGUGCGAAGACGUAGUCUGUGUUUAAGGAUGUAGUACCAAAGUGAGGGCAUUGUAUUCAUUGUACUAACCUGAACGUUUGUUAAAUUUUUUAUUUUACCAAAAAAGAAUGACAACGUUCCGCAUUUAUUUACUGAAGUCGUUGCACUUGAACUGAAAUGUGUUAUUUCGUUUAGGUCUGCUAGCAGCGUAAAAUUGACUAUUUGAAGUCACUGUGAUCAUUUCAUGCAUAUAAUGCGAUUUAAACUGCAAAUUUCGUUGCUGGUCUCUAGCAUUAAUGUGGCUUCAUGUGUUGCGGAGAAUGGAUGAAGGAUGCAGACAUGGAGGCAGAGGUUUCAGUGCCUAGCUGGACUCAGGCAAGUCACCGCUCUCUUUCCCGACACGCUGAUCCUCGUGAAAACCUGUUCACGCUAAGAGUGCAGCCCUCUUACUCAGACUGAGUUUGCUGAGGCGGCUUCAGGUGUGGAAUUAUUCAUUUGCUUAUUACACUUCUUACAUAUCGACCCUGACACGUUGCCUGAAACGGCGCCAGAACGAGUAAGACGGUAACCAAAACAGCAGCGCAGAAAAUCCUUGCUUUUGCAGCACAACUAAGCUUGAUAGUAACAGCACUGAGACUGAUAUUGCUGGCAAACUGCAGUGAAAUGCAGUUGCAAAGAAGUUGGGAAGCUGGAAUCUUCAAAGAAGGCGAUAACUAUCAUUGAAAUCAUGACACGGAAACUGCUAGAACUCUGCGGUAGGGGGAUUACGAGGCCGUCAUCUUACACACAAAAUCUCGACAGUUAGUGGAGGUACACGUUCCACUGUUAUUUCUUUAGCGCUUGUGUAAGUGUGGUUAAGGUGAAGGCAGGAGACACCACAGUGGUAAGAGUGAUGUAGAGGAACUGCCCUGCAAAAACAGGGGGGGACCUCAAGUGGCAUGAAACAGGAAGUCAUUUACAGGUGCACAGGAAGUCACCCCCCAAGGAAAAACACACACACUCAUGUAUA